CUUCUUUUGCUAUUCUAAUACUUUCCUUGCAUCUUUCAACAAACUCCACCUUCUUGAUCUCUCUUUAUUAUUAUUCUAUAGCUAUGUUUUACCAAAAAAUUUAUUGACAAUGAAAAUAUAAGCUUCAAAAUGUGUAGCUAAUGAUGAGAAUAAGGGUAGUAUAGAUUGGGAGAAAAGAUCCGGUGGAAUGCUUGUUCAAAAAAGAUAAACUCUUGAGUCUUCUUCUAGUCCUAUGAUCAAAAUCAAGGUCUCUCAUGGUUCAUAUCACCAUGAGAUUAAUGUUCCUUCACAAUCUACUUUUGCCAGCAAAGAGAGGAAGAUUGAACAUACUUUAAUAGCCACUAAAGAAGUUUUAUAUGUUAGAACAGAAGUUGACAAGUUAUAUCAGAAGGUGAUUGGUUUGGAGAGGAUUAUUAGUGGUGGAGCUAAGGUUGAAGAUAAAGAAUUUGUUGUCUUGACUGAAUUGCUUAUGGUUCAACUGCUUAAACUUGACUCUAUUGUUGCUGAGGGAGAAGCUAAAAUGCAGAGAGGAAUUGAGGUUAGACGUGUACAAAGUUAUGUAGACAUAAUUGACAACAUGAAGGCAAGAAACUCUGCUGCUAACAAUGCUGUUUCACUCAUUAACAAAUGGGAGGCCUUUGAAUCAGAACAUGGAAGAUUGAAGUCUCCAAUAACAAUUCAAUCUUCUACUGUGAUUACUCAAGAAUGGGAACAAUUUGAGUAAUUAAAAGUUCUGUUCACUAACUUUGAACAAUUUGCCAAGUUAGUUUCAAUAGGGAGGGAAGAGUUAAUAUGCUUGUACUAAUUCUAUAAGUUUCUCAGUCUAUGCAUAAAUAAACACUUGACAUUUUAUUUGCCACUUUGAAAAUGUUGGAAACAUUAGAGAAAAAGAGUUUGAGGAACAAGUGAAAUGCUUCUAGAUUGUAGAAUUUGAUUAAGUUUGAUAUAGAAUGAUCGUUGAUUUUUUCUUAUUGUUUGUCUAACAUAGAUUUUAAAUGCAGGAUGUGUAUAUUAUGUUGUGUAAUUAGAUAUUUAAAUAGAUGGUGUGUUUUCUAAUAAACCAUCUAUUUAAAGAGUACUUUAUGUCAUAUGUAAGAGUUUAUUUAUUGUAUCACUAAAGUUUGUUAAUACGGAUGAUAAGCCUAA